GAAUUUGGUAAUAGAUGUCAUAGGCAAAGUCAUAUGUAAGAGCGGCGUUCAAAACCAUAUCAUAAGUGGAAGGGCUGAGAGGAUGAUGGAGUUGACAUUAGGAGACCCUGAAGGGAACCGACUCGGAUGUGUAUUGUGGAACAAGUACAUAGACCAGUAUAUGGAGUAUGUGACCGAAAAUGUGGGCAGGCCUGUGUAUGUAAUUUUUCAGCUAUGCAGGCCAAAGAGAUACCAAGGCACCCUAUCUGUAUCAUCUUCAUUUGAUGUGUCGAAACUGAUAAUCAAUGGGAACUCAAGCGAGUUUAUUGAAUUUCAAAGCGAG